UCUCUUUGGAUGGAAAGCGAGAGAGAGAGAGAGAGAGAUAUUUCCAACUAUAGCCAAAUCGACGGUGGGAUGGACGAAAGAAGAGAGGAUCGGACGGUCCGGGAGCCAUUGGUUCCCUCCAUAGAAUUUUUGGAGCUUGGGGCUAUGGCGGCAUUUUCGUGCUGGGCGAAUUUGCCCCUGGCAGCGCGAAUUCUUCCAGCGUCGUCCCCGCCGCUAGCUCCUGGCGCGUGCCGGGCAGUGGUGCCGGGCGUGAGAUUGCGGGGUUCGCAAUUCCAGAGGCGAUCCUUUGAUCCCGGCCACGCAGCGGUGAUUCUCGCGGUUGUCGAGGAAGAACACAGGCCUGUGUGGGUGAAGCUCGCGGCUGCGGCCAGCGCCGCCGCGGUCGCGGUGAUUCUAUCGACGGGAUUUGCCCUGGGAGACAAGAUUGGCUACUACACCAGGUAUGCCGCCGAGUACAAGAGGCGGGGGAUGGAGCUCUUUGUGGAGGGGGAUUUGAAUGGCUCGCUCGAGUUCUUCGAUAAGUGUUUGGAAGUUCUCCCCGAUGACUUGCCUUAUCUUUGGCAAAGAGGCCUCACGCUGUUCUAUCUCAACAAGUUUGAGGAGGCGGCCUCUCAAUUUCGCGAGAACAUCAAAGCUCGACCAGAUGAUACGGAAGAGCUUGUGUGGUGCUUUCUCUGCGAUGCUCACAUCGAUGGAUUGGAGGAGGCUCGCAAGAGACUACCACCCAUUGGCGACGAUGACAGGCCUUUCAUGAACAAGAUUUAUGAGCUCUACAAAAACGGAGGAGAUCCACAACAGAUGCUCUCAGAUUUGGGUGUUGACGAUGGCCAGGAGUAUUUCUACAUGGCACUGUACGCAGCACUCUACUAUGACGCUCAGAAAAACUUGGAAGCUGCCAAAGCAACCAUGGAAGCAGCUUGCCGGAGCUCUUAUGGAUCCAAGGCCAAGGACUACGUGGCCUACAUUACCAAAAUCCAUAGCAAAACACGAAACUGGGAGCUCGUUCCAGCCACUUCGUGAACAGGAAGAGCAAGAGCCUUGGUUCUGCCACCAUUCCGGCUCUAUCUUAUAAGAUACAGGAGAAAGAUUUUCUCGCGAAGCUGUAGUUCGCACGACGCAACCAUAGCGCUGUGCUUGCCGAUCACGGUGGCUACUCGUCCAAGACACUGGCUGCGACCAUAUCAAACACCAUGGUACUUUGCUGAUCAUGGUCUUCAUAUGUGUUAUAAAGUAAAAACCUGGACGAAAGAUCAAAAAUAAAAAGUUUGUACCUUCAAAUCU